CCCCCAAGCCGCUCUCGUCCCGCUUCUGCGUCAGGAGGAGUUCGGUGCCGCGUGAGGUGGCUCCUAACUUCAGGUGCGCGGCCUGGCCGCCUCCGCCCCCGGUUCUGCGCGCACAAGAUGGCGGCGCCCACGGCGGCGGGGCUAUGCCCGCGUCUGCGGGCAUGGCUGCCUCGGCUGACACAGGUGAGAUGGAGUCGCUACAACCCCAGCUUCCUAGAGCCAGAAGUGAACAAAGAAUUGUAUCAGAAACCUUUUAAUGAGUUGUCUGAAGAGGAAAAGGAAAAGCAAGAGCUUAAGGCUGUUCAUCCCAUAAAAGCAGCUCCUCCCAGUAUCUCCAGCUCCGUUUUCAGCGAUCCUAUGAUCAGUAAAUUCACCAAUAUGAUGAUGAAGGAUGGAAAUAAAGUGCUGGCCAGAAGCCUCAUGGCUCAGACUCUAGAGAACAUUAAGAGGAAGCAACUGGAAAAGUACCACAGAGCUCCAGAUGAUGAGAAGGAGAGAGUUGAAUGCAACCCUUAUGUCAUUUUCCACCAGGCUCUGAAAAACUGCCAGCCUAUCAUUGGACUCAGCAACAUCACAAGAGGUGGCAAAACCUACCAGGUCCCAGUCCCUUUGAAGGACAACCGGAAGCGCUUCUUGGCCAUGAAGUGGUUAAUCACCGAGUGCAGGGAGAACAAGCACCGCCGGACACUGAUGCCUGAGAAGCUCUCUGAGGAGCUGAUCCAGGCCUUCAACAAUGAAGGACCCAUCAUCAAGAAGAAGCACGUGUUGCACAAGAUGGCAGAGGCCAACCGGGCUUAUGCCCACUUCCGCUGGUGGUAGGGACUCUGCAUGGGAUGCCCAUGCUGCAGAGCUCUGUCACUGCUCUCAGGGCCUGGGGAGCAGAGUCCCAGGGUCCUGCUUGAGGGAAACUGGGGAAUAAAGGGAAAGGUGGAAAAUCCCUUCUGGACAGCUGAACUAAGCCAAGGAAAUUUUCUCCAGUUCCCACAGUUCAUUUGCUUUGUGCUUAUUUGGAUGGGAAAAGGGGGAAUCUGAAAUAGUUACUGAUCCCUGCACAGAUAUGCUAGUUUUUUCAUCAUCACUUUCCUGUGAAGACAACCUUUAGAUGCUUUUGUUACAGCAACACUGUACAAAAUAAUCUCUAUUCCACUUACAUGUUUUCUAGGGACUUUUAAAUCUCUGCUCUUGCAGCAACGUUUUUUCUCUUCCUGCCUGCAUAACUAGGAAAAAGCAGAUCUGGUGGAGGUUUUUUUUUUUUUUUCAUACCAUAACUAGCCUUGACUUUUGGUUCUGGUCAUCAGCAACACUGUCUGUGAUUUCAGGGGCUUGUUAACAACAAAAAAAAUACCAGUGCUUUACAGGGAAGGUUUCUCGAUUCCAAACCUUUGUCUGUUGCUUCAAUCUCACACUGUUCUUUCCAGCUGCUCUGAUUGCAUAACCCCCCCCCCCCCGCCCCCAAUACUGGAGGAAAUAAUUAACAUCACAACCUUCUUGCCUCAGUCAGGAGCAACUUUUAAGUAUUGCUUACAGCUCAGCAGCUGCUCAGAGAGAAAGCAGGGCACACGUUAGUGGAAAACUUUUAUUACAAAAAACACCCAGUAGACUAUUUUGUUUUCUUUCUUUCUCUCCCAUUCUUAUUCUCAUAGGAAACAGACCAUACUUGAACCUCACUAGGUUUUGAAAAAACCCCAAACAGUUACUGUAUAAAACAUAUAAAACUUGUUUCUAGCUACAUGUGCUUGAGAACCCUUAUCCUUCUGGAAGCUGCCAGAUUUUGGUAUUAAUAGCUAGCGCCCCACAGUCAUAUACCCAUACAGAUACUGCCAGUCUGCUGGAAGUAGUCAGUGAAAAGCAGUAAUUUGGUGAGCUGUUGUGAUCCAUCUGACCACAGUAUUUUCUGUAACUUUUCCCAGACAACCUGCUUUGGUACUGUGAGCUGUGAAAUAUUUCCCCUCUGCCUCCCUCAGCAGUGUUGGCUCUUGGGUCAACCAAAAUGCUCUUGGCUUCCCCUAACACUUGUACAAAACGCUGGUUUGAGCUAGAAGCCUUCCUUGCCUUCUGCUUGCAGCAGCCCAUCAUUAAACAAAAUGAGUGGAAGAA